GUGGCUGGUUGACAGACAAACACGACGACAACCCUGCUAACUGUUCAUGAGAGAUCAUUCCUUGGCGGCUCUAUAACUAUCCAAUACUUCCGUUAAAUACUUCAGAGACAGUUGCGAAAUUACUGCAAGACCCCGCCAGAUGCCGCCCUCGUCAUAGCAGUCGAAUCCACCGAUCCUCCCCUCCGCAGCGAUGCAAUUCCCACCAGCAUCCUGCUCCAUCGCAGCCCUUGCGUUCGUCUUUUGGUCAUUUGAAAUUGUCCGUCUGGCUCACGCUGCUCCUAGCUCGCCUGCUCUGCAGAAUAUCCUGAAGAACACAGACCAGAGUGACUUGUACGGAUAUCCGACUGACCUGACGAGGGGAAUCAUCCCGAUACCAGUACAUUCGCACAAUGACUACUGGAGAGACCUUCCCUUCUAUUCCGCUCUUUCCGCCGGGUGUAUCUCAAUUGAGGCAGAUGUCUGGCUAUUCGAUGACACCCUACUCGUUGGCCACGACUUAUCCUCUCUUACUAAAUCACGCACCCUAAAAUCACUCUACGUGGACCCGAUCCUGGAUGUCCUCCGCCGCCAGAACCCGCGGAGCCCUUACAUUACCGGAGAAACGAGAAACGGCGUCUACGACACAGAUCCCUUCCAAACCCUCUACCUCUUCAUUGACACCUGGCCGCACGUCGUCGCAGCCCUCGAGCCCCUCCGCGCUGCAAACUACCUCACAACCCUCCGCAACAACGACACCCUUACCGCGGGCCCCGUUACCGUCAUCGGCACUGGAAAUACGCCACUGAGCCUCGUCGGGCCCGUCCCUGAUCGCGAUUACUUCUACGACGGGCCGCUGGCUGAUCUCCAGAAGGAGGGGUCUCGGGACAUCACAAAGUAUAUAUCACCAAUCGCAUCUACGAACUUUGCAGCAGCUAUUGGUGUGGAUAGUAUUACUCUCCCUCCUAGAGAAGGCGAGAACGAAGGGGAGAAGGACCCCUCGUGGUUGAAUAGCUCGCAAUUAGGGACUUUGAGGGGACAAAUUGAAGCGGCGAAGAAGAAGGGGAUUGGGGCUAGAUAUUGGGGUACGCCUGGAUGGCCGGUGCGCGAGCGGAAUGAGGUGUGGAGAACCUUGUUGAAGGAGGGGGUUGUCUUGCUGAAUGCGGAUGAUCUGGAGGGUGUCCAGGAGUAUUUUUAGACUUCCGGUUCUGUUUGGGGAUCGGCUAGAUGUCAAAUGAAUUAUGAGUGAGA